AUGCACCUAAGUCUUCGGACACUUCAGGAACUGAAUGUGCUUGACAUACGUGUCUUAGGCUUUAUGAGGUUCUGGGAUACGGACAGUCACGCGCUGUUGGGCAAUGUUUGGUUCGAUAAACUAUCGCCUACUGCCGCAGCAUUCAGCCCAUCCGGAAUGUUUUUGGCCAUUGGCUUCAGCAAUGGAACAGUGAAGAUAUGCGAGUUCAAAUUUCCCGAGAAUUUGAGUACAGCAGCAACGCCUGGUGGCGAUUUAUCCUGCUGGAUGCCUGAGUUAAUCAGCACGAGGGAAAGCCGCGACGCAGUUACCCAUGUUAGAUAUCACUUGCCUCAUACUUUUAACGUUAAAGUGGACCUCAGCAUUGCAAGCGGCUCUCCCACCGCUAGGAGAGUUUGCGUCUUUUUGCGUUGUUCCGAUACAGUGCACAUUUUUUUCGACUCUCGUUUGGGCAAUCCGCAACUUCCUCAGGAAUGGACGUUCGCAGGAAAGCAUCGUUCGCACUACCGAAAAAUUUGUGGCCUUUCUUUCGCUCAUUCUCACUGUCAGCCUCCCCUACAGAGCCUGCCGACAAUUUCCGGUGGGCCAACACCGGCUCCCGUCGUUGGCCCGGCCCAGUCUUUUACGUCGCGGCCAGCUCAACAGCCCCUUCCCACAGCAUCUCCUCAUCUUUACAGCAACGGAUACCCCCGCCUCUUCAGCGUAGGUGAAGACAGAACUCUCGUGGAGUAUGAUGUUGCCAAUUCAUUUGAGCACACGGGUCUUCUGAAGCGGGCAUCUCGCAUAGUUGAACAGCGCGCCUUACCUGCUGGCUGUUUGGCGCUGUCUUCUCCCGUCGGUGAGCCGGACACUGAGGUCCUCAUUUAUUCAACGGAAGCGAAAGCAACAGUCUGGAGUGCGAACUCGAUGACUUGCGUAAAGGCAAAUGGAUAUCGCGCUGUGCUUGAGGUGCGAGACACAGCAAGCAGGUCCCUAGAGCUUUCUCGUGCCCGCAGCAAUCCAUUCAAAAGUGUAAGCGUCGUUGCGCAUGCUGGACAAAUUGUUGCGUUGGCCGCAUCCCCUCCCCAAAAUGGAUAUACUACGGCAUUUUCUUGCGGGGGUAGCGACUUCACGGUUCUCCAGUGGAGGAUAAAUCACAGGGCGGUGCAGAGGGCGUUCCAGGAAGGCCCGCCUGGAGUGGAGUCGGUUCUGGUCCGCAUUCCCGGAGGAAGUCUUGUACGCCAUUCACCUGCUGAGUUCUUUCAGCAGCAUGGAAAUCGUGUACCAAUACCUACUCUUAAGUUCUGCGAUCAAGUGGGAAGUGAAAGCUGCUGCGCCUAUGCAACACGUUACAGCCAACUCAUUUUGAUGUCUCUGUCAGGGUAA